GGGUUGCCGGAAGCGGCCGCUCCGUCCCGCGGGGCCAUGGCGGCAGGCGGCCGUUGAGGCGCCGUCAUGUACUCGGGUGCCGCCGCCGCCGCCGCGGGAUCGCCGCGCCGGGACUUCAUCUCCGUCACUCUCGGCCCAGAGGAGGCGGCCGGGAUCGGUGGCUAUAACAACAGCAAGGCUUGGCGGCGGCGCUCCUGCUGGCGGAAAUGGAAGCAGCUGUCCCGACUCCAGCGGAGUGUCAUUCUCUUCCUGUUUGCAUUCUUGGCAGUGUCUGGAGUAAUUUCGUUCACAGGCAUGGGGGAAACAUGGAAAAGUAUAACAAACAAGUCAUUGGAUGAUCAGAGAACAGAACAAGAAAUUCCUAGAUUGAAGCUGGCAAAUCCAGCUGUUCUACCAGCACCCCAGAAAGCAGAUGCCAACCAUGGAGACUACCCUGAGUUUUCACUGCAGAAGCCACCGAAACAACCUCAUGUUCGUCGUGGUCCUUCCAAUCUUCAGAUCAAGGCACCACGGAGAGACAUGAGGCUGAAGACCCAACAUGAUACCAUGAGGGCUGUUGAAGAGCUGGUCGAAGCGGAUAAAGUAGAGAAAACAGAGAAAUCUAUUAUCAGCUGGAGAGGAGCAGUGAUAGAACCUGACCAAAGCACUGAACCUCCAUCCAGUAAAAUAAUGGAACUAGAAAAACCUUCAUCUGUGGAAACUGAAGACCAGAAAGAACCAGUGCCCAUCAAUGAGCGCCAGCUGGCUGUGAUUGAAGCCUUCCGCCAUGCCUGGAAAGGGUACAAGGAUUUUGCCUGGGGCCAUGAUGAGCUGAAGCCUUUGUCCAAGUCCUACAGCGAGUGGUUUGGACUUGGGCUUACCUUAAUUGAUGCAUUGGAUACCAUGUGGAUUUUAGGCUUAAAAGAAGAGUUUGAAGAAGCAAGAAAAUGGAUAGCGAAUGAUUUAGUCUUUGAUAAAAAUGUGGAUGUGAACCUAUUUGAGAGCACUAUCCGUAUCCUGGGUGGCUUGCUGAGCACCUAUCACCUCUCUGGAGAUAGCCUUUUCCUGGAAAAAGCUAAAGACAUUGGAAACAGGCUUAUGCCAGCAUUCAGGACGCCCUCUAAGAUACCUUAUUCUGAUGUCAACAUUGGUCGGGGCACUGCACAUCCCCCUCGCUGGACAUCUGACAGCACUGUGGCAGAGGUGACCAGCAUUCAGUUGGAGUUCAGGGAGCUCUCUCGUCUGACUGGAAAUGAGAAAUUCCGGAAAGCUGUAGAUGAGGUGAUGAAGCAUGUUCACAUCCUCUCAGGUAAAAAUGAUGGCCUCGUGCCUAUGUUCAUCAACACCAACAGUGGGCAGUUCACCCACCUGGGGGUCUACACUCUGGGAGCCAGAGCUGACAGCUACUAUGAGUAUCUGCUCAAGCAGUGGAUUCAGGGUGGAAAGAAAGAAAAUGAGCUGUUGGAAGACUAUAUGAGAGCCAUAGAAGGAGUAAAAAAGCAUCUUCUUCAGAGAUCAGAACCCAAGAAACUUACUUUUGUAGGAGAGCUUGCUCAUGGCCAUUUCAGUGCCAAGAUGGAUCACUUAGUUUGCUUCUUGCCGGGUACUUUAGCACUGGGAGCUCACAAUGGACUGGCUGCUGAUCAUAUGAAAUUGGCUGAAACUCUCAUAGAAACCUGCUACCAGAUGUAUGCUCAAGCAGAGACAGGCCUGAGCCCAGAGAUUGUACACUUCAACCUCCAUGCACAGAAGGGCCAUAAGGAUGUAGAAAUCAAGCCUGCAGACAGGCACAAUUUAUUGCGACCAGAAACUGUGGAAAGCCUUUUUUAUAUGUACAGAUUCACUGGUGAUAAGAAAUAUCAGGACUGGGGCUGGGAAAUCUUGCAGAAUUUCAACAGAUACACCAGGGUUCCUACAGGUGGUUAUACUUCUAUUAACAAUGUUCAGAAUCCCAGUAAUCCAGAGCCACGGGAUAAAAUGGAGAGCUUCUUCCUUGGGGAAACACUCAAAUACAUGUUUCUGCUCUUCUCAGAUGACAUAGACUUAAUCAACCUUGAUAAAUACGUCUUUAACACAGAGGCUCAUCCACUCCCUAUCUGGGUACCAUCAUAGACUCUACAUCAGUGGAUCUUCCAGUGGUGGCAUUUUUAUCUUCAAGUUACUUUACUUUUCAGGGUUUGAGGAGAGAUGCUAUAAUGCACCUUUUUUAACUUCAAACAACAGACAAAAGCUUGGGAAAAGCAUCUCUGGUUUGAAGAAAUCACAUCAGUCUUAAAUCUAAUCUCUAGUACUGGGAUGGGCAAAGCUGUGCCAUAUGAAGCUGGUUUCCCUGGUGCUGAGGUUCAGAAGGUAAUUGUAAUGUGGACCAUGACAUUCUCGGGGCUCUGGUGGCCCACUUAACUGAUGACUCACUUAUGUCAGUGUUACUAAAUGCUCAUUAAAUACUGAGAAUGCAGCGAA